AACAGGCUGAUUCGGUUGAAUCUCCAGAAUUUUCAGUACUGUCAGUAGUAAUGGCUUCGAUCGACGCCAAUCAGACAAAAAUGUUGCUUCUUGCCUCGCUGCUUGCAUUUUCAAUCCUGGCAACUGCAGCGGAUGCUGCAGCCCCAACCAUCAAUUCACCCACGCUGAUCGAACGGGCAUCAACUGUCGAUGAAGGUUACCGCUUGAGCAAGAUUUCCGAACCGUUGUCGUACAAAUUGUAUCUGGACAUCAGUGAUGAGAAUUUCUAUGCCUAUCGUGGAUCUGUCGACAUCGAGAUGCGGUACUUAGAUACCGGUAAUUACUUCUAUCUGAACAGUGCAGGAGUCGUAAUCGACAGCGAAAGUAUCAAAGUGGCUAAAUUGGGUGGAGACGACAUUCCCGUGGCUAAUUUCAUUUCUAUGGAGCAGUACGAACAGCUGUACUUUGGCUUUAGUGAGAGAUUGGAACAAAAUGAAACUUAUACAGUGCAUAUUGAGUUUUCAAAUAAUAUCGGAACGGCACUCAAAGGAUUGUAUCGAAGUAGCUACACGGUUGGCAACAUAACGAGGUUCAUCGCCACUACGCAUUUCGAAUCGACCUAUGCGCGAACCGUUUUUCCAUGCUACGAUGAGCCAUCCUACAAAGCUUAUUUCGACGUCACAAUCCGACAUCGCUCUGAAUACCACGCAUUGUCAAACAUGCCAGUACAGAAUAUAACCCAAGAUGAUGAACAGCAUUCAACUACUCAAUUCGAGAGAUCACCUUACAUGUCAAGUUUUCUACUGGCGUUCAUUGUAUCUGAUUACCAAACUUUGUCAAAAGAAGAGGAUCGUAUCAGAGUAUAUGCUCCGGAGAACCAAGUGCAACACACAACCUACGCCCUGGAUUUUGCUUCGAAAUCCCUGCAAAUGCUGGAGGGUCUCCUGGGUCACAGUUUCCAGCUACCGAAAGUUGAUCUGAUCGCCAUUCCGGACUUCAACAUGGGUGCCAUGGAGAACUGGGGUCUCAUAACAUUCCGCGCCGUUUACCUGAUCUACGACGAAGCUACUACUACGGCUCGUACCAAGCAAAACAUUGCCGAUCUCAUUACGCACGAGUUUGUGCAUUCGUGGUUCGGCAACGAGGUGACUCCGGAGUGGUGGACGUACCUUUGGUUGAGCGAGGGAUUCGCGAGGUAUUUUGAGUAUUACGUGACUUCGCAGAUUGAGAUCGAAUGGCGCCUGUGGGAACAGUUCAUAGUGAAUAACGUACACUCGGCGUUUUCGCAAGAUGACAAAGCUGGCAAUCGACCGAUGAGUUUCUACGCUACGGAACCAGAUGUUUUGAAUGGUUUGUUCGACUACGUGGUGUAUGCCAAGAGUGCUUCGGUCAUUCGGAUGUUCCAAAACGUUAUUGGUUUCGGCGCUUUCAUUUACGCUUUGAAUGAUUACAUUAGUAGCCGCAGCUACACGACUACAACGCCCGAUUAUCUCUACGAGAGCUUGGAGAAAUUUAAUCAAGCUCCGCUGCCGGACAGCAUUAAAGUUGUGUUCAACAGUUGGGCAGACAAUGCCGGUUAUCCGGUAGUGACGGUAACUAAAAAUGGAAGAUUUGUUACAUUAGUCCAGAAGCGAUUCUGGAUGCCUGUUGAAGGGGUAGCUGCUCCCGAAGAUACUAAAUUUUACGUGCCAAUCAACUACGCUACUUCUGCGGAGGCUGAUUUUGAGGAUACAUCAGCGAUCGAUUGGUUGACACCAACUGUUUCAGAAUUCAUAAAAGAGCUGCCAACGGAUGUUGAUUGGGUCCUGGUCAAUAAGCAACAGACAGGGUUUUACAGAGUGAACUACGACAGUGUAAACUGGGCUGCGUUAAUUGAAGUUCUGAAAUCAAAUAACUCGAAUACCAUUCCGGUUAUCAAUCGUGCCCAAUUAGUUGACGAUGCAAGCAAUCUAGCCAAAGCAGGGGAACUGAGUUAUGAAAUUGCUCUUUCCCUAUUGGAAUAUUUGGAAAGGGAAAGUGAGUACAUCCCUUGGAGCACAGCUUACAAUGCGCUCAUCCAUUUGAACCGAAUGUUGUCUAGUAACAUAAACUACUCUAGAUUCGAAGACUUUUUGCGGAAAAUCACAACCAACAUUUACGCAAACGUUACCCUAAAUGCGACUGACCACAUCGCUAGACUUCAUCUGGGAAAUUCCGUAUACUUGGCGUGCUACUUCGGGGUGGAUGAAUGCGUUAAUGAUGCUCAGGCCAUUAUGGUACAAAUCAUGAAUAACGCAUCCUAUUUAUGUCCUGAGGAGGUCCAAUCUGCUGCAUUUUGUGCCAUUAAUAAACAUUUGCCCGAGCUUAGCCUAGAUUUGAUGCAAACGAUGUUCGAUCAAUACCUGCCCAUAGACAACAAUGACAAUGGCUUGCUCGGCCGUUUCAUCACCGGAAUGGGUUGUACCAGGAAUGAAACACUAAUUCAGUUGUAUCUGGCUUUGACCGUUACCAACCUGCAAGGGUUCCAGUUUACAGGAUCGGAAAGGAAUCAGAUAUUGGUGGCAGUGCUGAGCGGCAGCUACGAAGGUCUCCGCGCAAGUUUGCAGUUCAUGUUGCAAUAUUAUCCGGACAUAUCAUACCUGUUCGGAACAGUGACCAACAUAUUCACGGAAAUCGGGAACAGAGUUAACGACAAAGAAGGACUGGACACGCUUCAAGAAAUCAUCACCAAAUAUGAAGGAGUAUUCGCAGAUUCCGUGAAAUCUGCUGCCAACGCGGCACUGGUCCAAGCCGAACGGAACGUCGCGUGGGUGAACAAGCACUCGGCAGCAAUCAGCAGCUGGCUAGUAUCGAACGAUUACACACUCAGUACAACAACCGUCAGUCCGGGCGGAGGAGGGGCUUCUUCAAUUGUGGCCGGAUUCCUUUUAACCCUUGUCAUGAUGCUUCUUGCUAUAAUACACUAAGCCAAACGAUAAA